GCCCUUGACACACCCCUAGGUUGGUGUUUCCCUAACUUGAUCGGAUCAACAGGUAGAGACUCAUUCUGCUGGCGCCAACCGUGAAGCCAUCAUGGAUUUGUUGAGAUUCGAGACGAUCCUCCUGCUCCUGUCCGUCGGAGGCGGAUUGGCCCAGGACGCGCUGCCCCACGGGGCGCUGUACGUGGAGCUGGGCCAGAACGUCACCUUCAAGACCACGGCGGACCUGGAGAAGUCUUUCAUCACCAUCGUCUGGUCCAAGCACUCGGACGAGGAGGGCCUCCAACCCAUUAUCUCGCUGGCCGGCACCACGGUGAACGUGCCGGAGGCAUACGAGGGCCGCGUGUGGCUGAACCGCACCAACGGCCGGAUGAAGAUGGGCCCCACCACCGCCGCCGACGACGGCGAGUACUCCGUCAACAUGGUGGACGACAAGGCCACCACCCAGACCUGGGAGAUAGAGCUGCGCGUGCUCGUGCCGGUGUCCAGCGUGCUGAUCGCCUCCUCCCCCAUGGAGGCUCUGGAGACCAACUCCACCGUCGUCCUCAACUGCUCCGCCCUGGGCUCCUUCCUCGUCUUCAGCUGGACCAACGGCACCACCCCCCUGCUGGGCGACGGCAAGAGGACCUCCAUCUCCACCGGGGAGCAGUGGAGCAGCGUGACCAUCCGGGAGGUUAACCGCUGGGAACUCCGCGGACCAAUCGGCUGCAGCGCCACCAACAAGCUGGAGAAGACGGUGAACAGCGCCCCCUUCAACAAGUCAGUCCACUACGGUCCGGAGGCUGUGAAGAUGACCUCGCUGCCGGCGGUGGCGGCCGGGGGCUUCGUGGGGAGGGGCUCCAACAUGACGCUGUCGUGCUCUGCGGUGUCCGACCCCCCCGCCGCCCUCAGCUGGCUCCACAACGGGAAGGCCCUCCCCGGGAAGACCGCCCCCACUCUGGUCCUCAGCGACCUCGGCCUGACGCAGGGCGGGACGUACCACUGCUCCGCCCACAACGCCAAGACCCUGCGCACGGUCGACGCCCCCGCCGUCUCCUUCACCGUGAUGGAGGCCAUCAGCGGGGCGCAGGUCAGCGGUCCCGCGGCGGGGCAGCUGGCGGGCGUGGCCGGGGGGGUCAACCUGACGUGCGCCGCGGCGGCCGGCGAGGUGGCCCAGUGGGCGUGGCUUAAGGACGGCGCCGCCCUGCCGAAGGACGGCCGCACCACGCUGUUGGCCAACGGCUCCAUGCUGAGGCUCCUCCCCCUGGCGAAGGAGCACCGCGGCGUCUACACCUGCACCCUCAAGAACGCCGUCAACUCCGUCAAAGCCGCCUACACCCUGGUGGUGCUCUACGGUCCUGACAGCCUGACGAUCAGCGGCGAGAGCGCCGUGGAGGUCAACGACAAGCUGACCCUCACGUGCUCCUUGGACUCCAACCCCCCCGCCGCCAUCAAGUGGCGCUUCAACAACACGGCGCGGACGGAGACCACCAAGGUGCUCACCAUCGCCAAGGUGGCGUACCGCGACGCGGGGCUGUACACCUGCCAGGCGUACAACGCCAAGACCCAGCGCAACACCUCCAGCACCUUCAUGCUGUCCGUCAAAGAGGAGGGCGCCCUGGACCCCGAGGGUCUAACCGGGGGCGCGAUCGCCGGGAUCGUGAUCGGCGUUCUGGCCGCUGUGCUGCUGGCCGUCGGCGCCUUCAUCUACUGCAAACGGAAACAGACGUGAGUCCAAGGCCACCGCCACCGGCCCCCCCACUGCGGCCCCCCCUGAGCCGGCUCCUCACACUGGGGAGCCGGCCCUGGUGACCU